ACCUCACAUCCAUCUUCAAGCUCUCUACUCACACCGUCACACCUGUUUCAGGAGAGAGACCCUACCCAAAAUCUUUCGAUUUUGACUCUGUGAACUCAUCGACUGGAUUUUCGCAUCGCAAUGGCUGCUGCUAUUCCUCCUAUCACCGGCAUGCUCCGCCGGGGCCUUGUCCUUGACCUCAGUACCGCUUUCGGUCUCGGAACAACAUUCGGCUACCUGUGGUGGUACGGAUACCACCUCCCCCGCGUCCGAGCCCGUGACAACCACUAUGCUCGUCUCGAGCAAGAGCGUGCCGCCGGCCGUGCUUAAACAUGCAUUCAUCCUCUGACAAGUUACAACUAUGAUCAUGUAUGCUAAGCCGCAGGAGCCUUGUGUGUGAUUACCAGGGAGAGGAUUAAAGAAUAGAAUGAAUAUUGCUAUUGUCUUAUCGAGCCAAGUGUUGUACAUAACAAGAAAAGAAAGAUACAAGAUUCGCACACUCUUGAAGAUGGGAUUCUUGUCUAGUUCCUUAUAAGCAGGAUGCGGUCUUCAAAAGGUUCUGUGCUCUUCGUCUACAUCAGAAUUGAUUAUUUCAUUUGUUUA